GCCAGGAUUUAUCUUCUGCGUAGCCUUCGUGUAAGUCCCGAUGGCCCAGCUCAACGAGCAGAACGCGACCACGGCGGACAGACCUGUGCGCACGUUCAAUUAAUUUUAAGCGCCGUGAGUCGUGAGUCGAUUCGAAUAUUGGUACGAAUCUCUCGUCGAUGGUUCGCGAUCGCGGCCGGCGCGAAGGGAUCCGCGUUUAUUUUUACCGCACCGACCCACCCGCUUCCGAACGAACGGAACAUUAUUUUUAAAUGUCGUGACCACCUUCCGAUCGAAUAUUCGAUUCUUCUCUACGGACGAGACCCUUUCCGUUUUAGAACAGAUAGACGCAUCGGACGGACACGUCCCGACGUCCUCGGCUGGACCCGACCGUUCUACUAUCUUUACGGGGGGGGGGGCGUGUCGAAGGAAGCAAAGAUUACACCGUUUCAAAUGCUCGUGCUCGGAUUCCGCGACCGUCUUUCACAGUCGUUGUCGUCUUCUAUGCACAGGGAUACAUUUCUGAACGGGAAACAGCGACGUUUUCUUUAUCGCGAGUAUCCUCGUUGACGUCACGAAUCGCGCGUGGAGCGCGCGUUCGCGCGAGGCGUUUCGUUCGGGACGUGUUUACAGGAUCGCGAGUGAGUAUCUCUCGGUGAUGUCAAACGUGUGUCGCGUGGAUUUUUCAAAGAGGCAUGUACUCGCGUUACUCAAGUUAUUUGCGAUACUCGUUGUAUUAUGUGCGUGUUUUAUGUUGUUGUUAAGUUUGCACGCGAGCAGCAAACGUUCAAAGACCGGUAAUUAUGUCGAUAACGGGAAGCAGAAACGCGGUAACGAUCCGAUCAGCGGUGAAGCGCGCGUCGAGCGUAGCGCGUUUUCGACAGAGGAGAUGAGAAACGUGAGAGCGCGAUUGAACGCUAGGAAGAGCGAGUUGGGACGAUGCUGUCGGACCAUCGAGAGGACGGGCUCGAAUCUGGAGAACGCGUUAUCGAACAUGAUCAUCGACACGAAACACGGAGUGUCGUGGUGCCCCAUAUACAAGGCCGCGAGUUCUACCUGGAUGAAACACUUCGCCACGUUGGGCGGUGCACUCACGGAAUCGACCAUGGAAUCGAUCCGCAGGAACGUUCUGCAGAUAAACACCGUCGUGAGAAGAGCGUUUCCGCGAGACCGGGACAUCAAGAAGACGUACCGAUUGAACGAGACGAAGAAGUUUUUGAUCGUGCGCCAUCCGUUCGAACGCCUCGUGUCCGCAUACAGGGAUAAGUUGGAGCACGCGGAGGGAAGAGAUUAUUAUUACAAGAGGUUCGGGCGUCACAUCGCGCACAGGUAUCACCGAUACAGAAAACCGAACGAGACCAGGAUAGAGCCAACGUUCGCCGAAUUCCUUCGAUUCAUAGCGGAGGAGAAGUACUUCGACGAACAUUGGGCGCCGUUCGUCGACACCUGCGAGCCCUGUACGAUCGAGUACGAUUACAUAUUGAAGUUCGACACUUUCGACAGGGAUCAAAAGUUCCUGAUACAAGAGUUAGGCUUGGACUUGUACCUGCCCGAGAACGAGUUGAGAAAUAUAAAUCCGCGCGGAGUCACGACUCCCGCUUUGGUCGAACGAUACAUGCGAGACGUUCCUAGGCCGUUGCUCGACAAGAUCAACAAGGUUUACGAGAACGAUUUUAAACUGUUCUCCUACUCGCCCGUAUAGCGUCACGCGAGGCGAUGACGAACGCCGACGGAAGCGAACGCGUGGUGAUAGACGGUGAACGAUUGCGUUCGAUCCUCCCUCCGCCCGAAUCGCGUCGCGCUUCCAAGUUGACACUGCUUACUUGUCCAUACUGGUAUACGCUGUAAGACUGCCAUCACGUAUAGUUGUAACGUUAACUGUGGAGCAGCCCCCAGGAACGAUUCGAAUAAAUGCAACAUGCACACGUCGCUCUCCUGCCUGUACACCCAAUCUUUGUCCUUGACGAAUCGUUUGCUCCUCAACGAAUGUAUCGUCGAGUAAAGUAAUGUUAAAUACCUAGAAACAAAA